AUGGAACCACCCCCUCACCGGCACCAGGCUUCCUGCAUACUGAGGCCGGACGUGCAGCAUGCAGCGGCACGGGGCCACAUCCCGAUCAAUGGGCAGGAGGUGAGGAUGGAGGUGCUGUGCCUGCUGCUGGCUGCUCUCUGUGCUGCUGCUGUGCCCAAACCAGCUCUGCAGCCAACGGGAGCUCCCACCAUGGCACCGAGCAACACCUCAGCGGAGCCGGGUCCCCUGGGCACAGCCAUGCUGCGCCUGGCAGGUGGCAGCCACCCCUGCGAGGGCACAGUGCAGGUGAAGCACCAUGGCUGGUGGAUGCCUGUGUGCCGGAGGUCCUGGAGCGCUGCUGCCUCUCGGGAGCUGUGCCACCGCCUGCACUGCGGGGAUGCCGAGGGGGAUGUGGCGAUAUCAAGCCUGCACGGCGAUAGAGAUAUCUCCAAGGGAUGCCCGGCCACGGUGUCCAACUGCAGCGAGGGGGAAGCACAGCUCUGCCUGCUGCAGCUGGACACUGAGACCGGAUGCUGCGCUGCAGAGCUGGUGAAUGUCACCUGCACAGGAGCCCCAGCACUCCGUCUGGUUGGAGGGCGCAGCCGCUGUGAGGGCCGUGUGGAGCUGCGGAAGGAGGGCAAAUGGGGCACGGUGUGCGACGACGGCUGGGACCUGGCCGACGCCGACGUGGUGUGCCGGCAGCUGGGCUGCGGGUGGGCGCUGCGUGCGCCACGAGAGGCCGCAUUCGGCUGGGGGCACGGCCCCGUGCUGCAGGAUGAGGUGAACUGCAGCGGGCAUGAGGAGCGGCUGUGGGAAUGCCCUGCUGACCUGCGGCAUGACUGCAGCCACAAGGAGGAUGCCAGCGUGGUGUGCUCCGAGCACCACGAGUGGCGGCUGUCUGGAGGCAGGGAUGGCUGCGCGGGCCGCGUGGAGGUGCUUUACCGCGGGACAUGGAGCACGGUGUGUGACAGCACCUGGUACGAGAUGGAAGCUGAGGUUCUGUGCCGCACGCUGGGCUGCGGGGAGCAGCUGCAACGUCCCUCCUUCCGCCACACACUGCCCACCAAGAUGCUGUAUGAGUGCCCUGACUGGCAGCCCUCUCUGGCGUACUGCAGGUGGACCUACAACAAGUCAGCUCCCUGCCACGAGUCCCGUGCUGCCGGUGUCAUCUGCAGUGGCUCCCUGGGCUUGCAGACCCCAACAUCAGAGGUGAUGGUGACGCCGAGCGGUGGCACGUCCCUGAGAACCACAAAGGGCUUGGAGGCGGGGGCGGCCCUGUCCCCUCUGCAUGUGCCCCUCUCCAUCCUGUGUGCGGUGCUGGCAGCGCUGCUGCUGCUCACACUGGUGGCCUUCACCACUGCCUUGCUGCACCUGAGGAAAAGGAGCGCCCUCACCCUGGGGACCCCUGUGCCACUCCUGGUGACCCACAGCAGCCAGGGUUACAACGUGCCCUCGGAGACUUGCAAUGACUACAGGGAGGCACCCGCAGGCCUCCCCAAGGGACCAGACCCCACACCCACAAUCCUUCCCACCACCAAGGGCUCUGACUCCUCUGACUCUGACUACGAACACUAUGAUUUCAGCAGCAAGCCACCCGUGGCCCUCUCCACUUUCCACAACUCACAGCGCCGACAGCUGGGUGAGCAGCUGCUGGUGCCCAGCCAGGAUGGGAUGGAGCCAUUUCCCACAGAGGUGCCCACCGUGCAGUGUGCCCAGCCGUGGGGCAGGGCGAGGAGCUCAUCCUCUUCCUCCUCUUCCUCCUCCCUGGAUCCCUACUGUGGUGAGAGCACAGCUUCCACAUGUGCCUGGCCUGGCCCGCAGCCCCCACCAUUCAGCACCCACCAGCACACAGAACCCACCACACCCCCAGCCGUGUCCUGUGUGCCCAUCCCAGAGCUCAGCACACCGUGGGUACCACCACAGCCACCAGACCCUGACUGUGCUGGCAGCUCCAGCACCUCCUCAGGGGAGUGGUAUGAGAAUGUGCAGGGUGCUGAGACGUGUGGGGACCCAGCUCCAGGGGAACACACACAGGACUCCAGCUUCUCCGAGGGGAGCGACUAUGAUGACAUCCAGGGCUCUGGCUGCUGAGAGUGGGAACAGGCAGAGGAAGGGAGCUCUUAUCUGUACCACAGCCCUGGGCCAUUAAAAGCUUUUAGCUCCA